AAGUCUGUGCUAACUAUGCUAUACUAUGUGCUUUUUUUCUUACAGAGUAAUGUAUUUAUGUAUUAUGGCUUAUCCAAUUUCUACCAAAAUCACAGAAGAUAUGUGAAAUCCAGGGAUGACAGCCAGUUGAAUGGGGAUCUGGCAGCUUUAAAGGAGCCAAGCAAAGAAUGUGAACCAUAUCGCACAAGUGAUGGCCUGCCUAUUGCUCCAUGUGGGGCCAUUGCAAACAGCCUUUUUAAUGAUACUUUGGAGUUGUAUUAUGUUAACUCUAGUGCCUCAAAGAUUGAAAUUCCUCUGGUAAAGAAGGGCAUUGCUUGGUGGACAGACAAACAUGUGAAGUUUAGAAAUCCAAAUGGAAACAACAACCUCACUAUUGCUUUUCAAGGCACUUCUAAACCAGUGAACUGGAGAAAACCGGUGUUUGAGCUGGACCCAUCAGACCCAGAGAACAAUGGCUUUAUCAAUGAGGACUUCAUUGUGUGGAUGAGAACAGCAGCUUUGCCCACGUUCCGCAAACUCUACCGCAUCAUCCAGAAGAAGUCCAGCACAACCCCCACGCUCCCCAGCGGCAGAUACAUUCUGUCAAUCACCUACAAUUACCCUGUGCUCAGCUUUGACGGUCGCAAGCGGAUGAUUCUGAGCACAAUCUCUUGGAUGGGAGGGAAGAAUCCUUUUCUUGGAAUUGCUUACAUUACAGUUGGCUCCAUCUGCUUCUUCCUGGGAGUUGUUUUACUAAUCAUUCACCACAAAUAUGACAACCGUAACACCAGUGCUGAUAUUCCAAAUUAAGUACUUUGUUGUGCAUGCCCGGGUGGACCAUUAAAUUACCUUAUAUACAGCUGAAUGUGGAUACACUGGUCUCCAAAUGUAUGUCGUGUUCGCUGAAUGCGCCUCAUGCUAACUUUUGUUACAGUAAUUAUAUUUUCAGCUAGAAGGAUGCCAAGCGAGCUGCUAAGAAUGUUAACCCCAGCCUUUUCUGUUGAAAGUUGUACAUUUUACUUUAGAAACCAUUCUUGAAGGAUGUAUGUAUUUUAUUGAAAUUUUGUCCAGCACUGUAUUGCACCCUGCUGAAGCCUCAGAAGUCCAUAUACCUCUCUUAGAAAAAACAGAAAUAUCUAUAUUGUAGUACAUAAAUGCACAUAAUCUAUUUAGGACAGUUUGCUUAUGGCUGGGAAGGAGUCGAUGUUUUAUGCUUGAGCUUAAUGCAGCACGUUAGGGUCAUAUGGUAAUAUUUUCAAAUGUAUCUUAAUUCUAAAUUAAUUGUCAGGUAUAACUGAAUGUUGACCAAAACACAUGCACUUGAAGUGUAUUUGUGCAUGUCUUUAAAUUAUCAUUUGAGAAUGUUGAAUAAAAGGUAUCCAAUUCUGUUAGUUUGAAAUGCAUUGAAUGAGUCACACAAAGCUUCAAAAAAUAUUUAGUAAGCAUUUCUAUUCAGAGCUACUUAAAACAACAUUCAAUAAAAAAAAAAUCUAACUGCAUAAAAAUGUUUACUGUGUUCUGAAUCAUCUCAGAAAGCAGCAGGGUUAAUGGUCGGCUACCUUGUUUGUAUCAGAUCCACAUGUUUUUUGUUUGUUUUUUUUUACUUUUGAAGUGUUUCAACAUUUUUAUUUUUUAAACCACCUGUACGCCCCCUCAUUAACUCUCUUUGUUAAGUUAACCAACCCUUAAAAGUUCAUUGUUAUGCAUGUAUUUAUCAUUUGAAAGAUGUGUGUGGUGUAAUGGGUUGAUAUUUUUUUCUGCUGAUGAUUAAAGUAUUUGAGAUAA